AUGCCUUCAUCUAGCUCGCACGCCAACAAUGGCACACCCGCGAGUUAUGUCGAAACAAACAACUUUCAUGAGAUCAUUCGACAUUUUGACGAUUCUGGUAAACUCAAAAAUCGGGGAACACGCAUGAAGAUUGAGUGCCAGAUAUGCCAGUGCAAUGAUUUGGCAAUCCUGAGUGGUGAAAAUGACCAGGCUGAUACCCUGGGCGAAAAAUACACCGUUCUGCCAGGCUGUGGCCACGGGUUUGGGAGUCAUUGUUUGUGGGAGUGGAUCAAAAUUCGACUACCUUACAAUGCUCAAUGUCCAUCAUGCCGCACGCCCAUCGAUUUAAACGUUACUCUCCCAACUUUUUACAAUAGACACAAGGACCCUGCGGAACAACGCAAACAUAUCACCAAAAUCCAGAUCAUUCUCACAGAGAUCAUUCUCACAGAGAUCAUUCUCACAGAGAUCAUUCUCACAGAGAUCAUUCUCACAGAGAUCAUUCGCAUAGAGAGCAUUCGCACGGAGAGCAUUCUCACAGAGAUCCUUCGCAUAGAGAGCGUUCUCAUGGAGAGAGUUCGCACAGGCAAAGGACGCCACAGAACCACCUUUGGGGAAUGUUUCCCAACCCAAGCUACCCCCGACCAUCCCAGCGGGAAAGACACGAGGCACGCACAAUGCGAUUGA